CUGUUUGACCAACCUGACGAUUGUAUUUGAAUUGCCUACGGUGUGUGGAGGUCGUGGAUAAUUAUCAAGAAUUCUGUAAAUUAUGCAAAAUUUGUUUCAAAUAGUCUGCCAGUAAGUUGCAUGACAUCACGCUUUUGAAUUGGUGUUCUUCUGAAUCCCUUUAUACAGUACAAUAUUACCAUUCUUCAGUCAACUUACAAUAGAUCUCAAAGGUAAUAAUAAUCAAGAAUGGCUUCAUAUCUAACAAAACGUAGUAAAUGUCUAAGCGAUGACGAUGAAAGCACUGCGGAUGAAGAAAGAAUACCACUUAUAACUCCUCCUAUGAGACGACAGAUACCGCUAAUGAGCAGCUUCAAGCUACACGCCCUACUCAGUGGUAUCUAUGGAAUGAUUUUGGUGUUGCUUCUAGUGGUUUUGUUGACCGGAAAUUACGUCUACCACCUUGAUACCUACAACAAUGGUACCUACCACCAUAAAAAAUCAAACGAAAACCAUGUGAGCGACAAAUCUUUAAAUGUUUUUUCAAUAUUUUUGUCGACAAUUGGAAUUUUGUGGAUGUUUGCAGACACGCUUUAUCGUAGAACCAUUGAGCCACGUGAUAACUGCAGCAUUUUUAUUAGUAGCAAAUAUUUUAAAGCUGGUAUUGUGGUUUUUGGUUUCAUCGGAUCUCUUAGCUAUGCUAUCACCAUUCUGCAUACAUAUACAUGCUGUAGCUCAGAGAGCCUGUACCCGGGAACCUCUGAUGCCGUCGCGAUUGUCUUUGUCAUAACUGAGAUUGCCUACAUCAUAAAUUUUUCAAAUAUCUGUGUCCAGCGAACGCACUUAUUUAGAAGAUUUGGGUUUAUGCACCUCAUAGUGACCGGUAUAAGCUUGUGGUUGUACAAGAACUUCUACAUUACGGAGAUGAAAGGUUAUUCUUGCAUUGCAAACUGCACGGAGCUUGGUAGCGCUACUAAAGAAGUUAAAAUUCUGACGGAUGUGUGCAACAUGCAGUAUAUUUUCAUAUCGACGGCAAUUUUGUUUAUGAUGUGGAAGAACAUCGGUCAAAACGUUGACCCCGUCAUCAAUCAAAAUAUAAGAAGGAACUUUUCCUUGCACAAGAGCUGUAAGACCGGCCUAAUGUUUGGAAGCAUUGUUUUGAGUUUUACAAUAUUUUCAAUGUUACUGACGUAUAAUUUCGUUUUACAGAAAAAAUUCAUUCGUGUUGAUUAUAAUUAUGCAACGUUGCGCAUCCUCCUUGAUGCUAGUAUGCUAACGUGUUCUAUAAUUCUUUAUAUAAGAAUUAAGAAAAGUGACACGAACAUCUCAACUAUGUCUGUUUCGUCAUACAAUUCAGAAGAAUUAAUUCUCCUUAUGUUGUUUAUGACUUAUUGUUUUCAGAGAGUUUACGCCACUCUAAGUUUAAUUAUACUCAAAGAGCAUGAUGACCCAAACAAGGGCAUACUUACUAUAGAAAUUAUAUCAGACUUCUUAAGCAAUGUGGUGUUGAUUAUGCAAACACUUUUCCUACUGAAAGUGUUACGUUUAAGGUCGUUUACGAUAGAGAAACCAAAUUUGUUUUCCCAAGUUGUACUAUUCUAUUUCUUUCUUAACGUUGGGUUUUGUAUUAUUGCUUUGGUUGACUGGAAAUUCUCUCUCAAUCUUGAUACAACGGAAAAAUUAAUGUUUAAAACUCACUGGGAUGCUAUCAAAAGAAUUACCGGCCCAUUUGUUGUUGGCUAUUAUUAUCAAUCUAGCGCUUGCCUUUUUGAAAUGUGGCUUGCCAUAUCCAAGACAGCUGCCAGUGACACACACGAUACCUAGUAGCCUUAAUUCCAGUCCCUAAAUGUGGGUUACUCAUCUUUAGUGCAGGCUAUACCAAAUAAUAUGCUUGGCCUCCCAUUCUAGAUUUAUUGUCUCUAAAUUAAGUUACUUGUACGGUGGCUUUAUCCAGAAUUAGAGAACAAGAAAGGGACUUGUGGCAAGUCUGCUAGCUGCGGAGACAGCAGUGUAACUGGCUUGUUCAUUUGGAUUACAGCUCAUGAGCUACCAGAUAAUAAGAACCAACGAUGUUAUAAACUAGUUUUUAAGGUCUUUGAUAAGAGUUUCUCUCAUAUUUAGCACAUCUGUUUUGAAGAUCACUGUACAUACAAAAAAAAAAUUACAGUGUACAAAACCAGCUAUAAUUAAAUAAUGUAUAUGCUAAAGCCGGUUCAGCUUUCUGCAACACUCACAAGGACACUA